AUGGGAUCUACUUCGUUAAUGGCAUUUUGGGGUUCACAAGUUGUCGGUGGAAAGGAGUACGGCCGGCGGUUCAUACUGGAAUCGCUUAACGCGUUUGUCGAAGGCGGUGUUCAUCCCGUUUUGUAUCGCGAAAAUGAAAAUGGCGAUGCGGUGUUUUUUAUCAAAGGUCGUGAAAUUGCUAACACGUUACAAUCGGCUUCGCGCAGAGUACGAGGUCCUUCUGACGAGAAGCUAACUAUUCGUACAUUUAACUGCCAACAGCCAUUUGCGUCAUUACCUGAAGAGGAUAUUGCGUUGCUAAAGGGAUUGCUGGAAAAGCGGUUUUCGCCUGAGGCCAAUCAUCUCAAUCUGAGUGAUUUUUCCAAUGAUCCAGUAGUAACAAGUCAACCUAAUUAUCUUGGUCUGAACAAAAACUCAGUCAUGAUGGGAGUGGUCAAUUUGCUGAUCUCCUGUGCGGACAAGUUGCAUUCAGUCGAUCUGUCGAAAAACCAGAUUCGUUAUUUGGAAUGUUUUGCAACACUUUGCUCGUAUUGUCGUAAUGUUCAGCGGCUAAAUUUGAGCAAAAAUUCGGUAAGAGCUUUGUAG